CAGGGCUUCGAGAAGGAGAAAGUAGGAUAUACAGAAGAUUGCUAACACAGGAGAAUACAGUGUAGCGCGAUCUCCGGAAAGUUUUGGAUAGUGUGAAGCUUGCCUUCAAACACCAGAAACAUGUCUAAAUCACUAGCAGAGCUAUGUAUGUUCUGUAUCGCCAGCAAUCUCCAAAAUGUUUCUCGUUUAGGAACGUUUUUGUCCAAGAACGACAACGAAGUCCUACUGGAAUUGCUUUGUGAUCAUGACAUGUUCACAGGGAACAAUAUGCCACAUAUAACGUACCAGUUUCUUACAUCUCGGCUUGAAAACAUUGCAUUCCGUUACAGCAAUCAGGUGGACGAUACACUGCUUCAAAAUGUUGCUCUCUGCGGUUGUAAGCUGAAGUCGUUUACGCUCAAAGAAUGUCCAAUGGUUUCAGGUAUUUAUUGAAUACAUACCACAUUUACUCCAAUAAGCACUGUUAUUUACACCAUACUCACUAUUUGUUUUGACUCUGGCUUAGAGCCUACAGUUAAUUUUAGAAAUCAACGCAACCUACAGAUUAGUUAAAUAGUUGUCUGGUAACAGAUACGCUGUGGCAAUAUGGCCAGUAACCGGUCAAGGUUUCCAAAACACUAAAUGGCCGGCAGUCCUAUAUUCUCUGACUUUUCUAAAUCGACAUAUGAUAGUUUAGAUUAGCUAGAAUCUUUCGAUUUUGUGAAAUUUACUGAGAAUAUAGGACUGCCGGCCAUUUAGUGUUUUGGAAACCUUGACCGGUUACCGGCCAUCUAGCCACAGCGUAACAGAUAACUAAUCACUUAAUCUGUAGGUUGCACGCUCAAUACAUGAUUUCCAGGAGCAAUGUCAAACUAUGUUUGUCGUUAAUGUAUUUUUCCUCACUAAGCGACAGCCGAAGGCUUUUGAGCAAAGCAAGGUUUUUGUUGAAAUUUGCAUUGCGCAUGGCACCACAAGGAUCAUUUUAAAAGCAAAGUGCUUUGGCCAUGAAUUUCUCUCUUUGUUUCUAUCACUUGAGGCAUCCGUAGUUACCUUGUAACAACAAUACAGCGUGUAAACCAAACUGCCACAAACCUGGCCCAGGUGUUGUAGUGGCAGUUCGAAAGUUUAAGAAAUGCUUUUAGCAAUGAAUUUUGAAGGUAGAAGAGAAAAUGGGAGGGAUUUCGACUACAAGCUUUAAUAUAACAGGGAAGCAUUUGCAUCCUACUUUGCAGAUGAGUUGUAUCAGCUUUGUUGGGCAUAUGUUCUUUAAAUGCGAUGAAAUGCGUUUAAGUUCGAUUGUCUACCGUUAAAUGCCGGGUUAUUCUCCAUUUAUAUCGGUCUGAUUUCGUUAGAAUGUGGCAACUAGGUUUCGCCUGUCACCGGUCACACCAGGCCAGUGCUGUCUCCAAAAAUGUAAGGGGAUUACCGUCUUGGUCGGCACAGCUGGAUAUCCCAGGGAGUGGGAUGGAUCAGGCUCGGGGGGAGCAAAACUACUGGGUUAGGAGGAGCUAUUUUGACACAACCCCUUCAGCAAGGAGCAGUGUUUACUAGAGGCCUUGACUGGCAAGUACCUUGUUCUUAAUUUGCCGUAGCGAGCUGAAUCAGGCCUCUGCUGACAAUAAUUAUCAUGAUAAUUGCAGAGCUCAGUGGGAGGUGCAGACUGUUACGCAGUGUGCCUGGUGGGAAGGGUGAAAGGUUUGGUACCAAGGACUUAAGCUUAAUAAUAGCUAACAGCUAAUGUCCAGGGCCGGGUUUUUCGAAGCUGGGUUAACAUAACCCAGGGUUAGUGCGAAAUUUGAACUCAUAGUAAUUUCGUAAUAGCUUCAUACCCCAGUAAUACCUUACCUGGCUACUGCUAAGGUGUCUAGCAACUGUGUUCAACUUAUUAACCCAAGGUAAAGUUAGAAACAUGUGAGAAGACAGAACACACAAAGUCUUUCAUCCAAGAGGGAGGCUGUCUAACACCAACAGGUCAAAGAGAAGGAGGAGUUUCCAUUGCUUCAGAAGGGAGGGUAGGAUAUUGGGCAGUGACUGUUGGAGGUGCCAGUUCAAUUUCUUUUGAUGCUUCUGUGGUUGGUGACCCACCCUUCUGUUUAUCUGGGGUGUCAUUAUAAGGGUCUGGCUGGACAAGCUUUUUCAUGUGGCUUGUGUUGUGUAUCUUUCAGUGUUUCACUCCUGAUCUUCUAUUAUAACCGCAUAACCUUUCUUUUGAAUCACUUUGUAUGGUGCUGCUCUUGUUAAGCAGGAUCUGAUAACCUUCCACUUUGUCACUGUAUUCUGCUGAGCACUUCACAUCCGCAUACUCUUUUUUCCUGAGCUUUGUGUGUGCAUCCCUUUGUGGAGAAGUUGUUGCCAGUGGGCUUCACUGAUUUCGUCUGUGGGGAUGGUUACCCUUGGGAGCUUGUCAUUGAGUCAUCUGCCCAUCAAAAGCUCUCUCUUUGCUUAGUAAUUGUUAGAUUGUUAUACUAUUUCUUUUUAAAGGAUUUAACAUUUGUAACUUUCUUUUGAUCAGAGGACAGUUCGUUCCAAUUUCUAAUAAUUGUUCUCACGCUAAAAGUGUGGCCUUCCUCUGUGUCUUUCAGUUUCCCCAGGCCCUCAAAAAACUUUGGGAAACUUAGUCAUAAGGGCUGCUUUUUGGUCUACAAAUUGGGUAUUUUCAAGAUUCACAUUACAGCGGUUUACAUCAAUUCCAACUUUAAGUACUGCAAAAAGGAUUUCCAAAGUUUUACGACCAAGCAAAUUAAAGUGGCAGCAUCCCCUGGGACUAUAAAAAAUUCUGCAACUGUUGACUUGUUGGUUUGUGGCACAGUGACUCUUAGUUUACUGCUCCUCUCAAGCUCUAGGGGUUGAGAGUGUGUUUAUGCAUACACAAUUCUAUCAUACUUUGCUAAAGUGGUUCCCGCCCGUAUGAAAGAGACUGAAAAACAUUUUCGGACAUAAGAUUACAGCUAGUCCCUGGAUCUAUAAUAACACUAGUUAACUUAUCAUUUAUAUACAGUUCUAGUACUCUCAAGGCCUUUGCUAGUGGAAGAACUAAAUACAUAAAACACAUCUUCUUUUGCUUCACCACAAUCCUGUUACUGGGUGACAGUUUCCGCUUUCUCCUGCUUUCUGCUUCUUCUUAGGAUGGUCCUCCAUUGGCUGCAUUUGGGGUUCAUGUCAAGUUCCUUGACAAUAAACUGCAAAAUGGCUGACUUGGUCACAGCUUUCUUUCCUUUUUGUUUUCAAGGUUUUGUUCUGACAGCGCCCGGUUGCCUGAGGUAACUAGCAUUUGGCCGGUGGGAGUGAAAAAAAUUUCCCGGUCACCAGGCCCAAAACAAUUAUCCUAAAAGUUUCACUGACAACAUGAGGAAGAAAGUUAAAGAUGACCUAUUUUGACAAAUUAAUAGGUUUGGUGCUGCAGCGGUUUCACUGUUUCACGGAAGUUUUCAUGGGUUUUAUAAACAACAUGCGGCGUUCAGCAGAGCAAUAAAAUCAGUGUGCAUACAGAACACUACAAUAAAUUGAAGCUGUCGUAAGCGACCACCUUGGAAAUUCGGAAAAGUGGUCGUAACUAGAGCUGGUUGCUUAUGCGAAUGAGCCCUUGUAAGUCACCACAUGGUAAAACAAUAGAGGGUAAACACUUAUGAGAGAUUCAGAAACUUAUUACAGGGUCGUAACCAGGUAAAUUUUUUCAUCGCUGAUCCCAAUUUCUAGCUCCAAAUUUGGAUCCCUGAUCCCAAAAUGUAGCAAAAUUGGAUCCCUGAUCCCACAUAAAUUUUAUGAUCCCAUAGAGAGAUGUGUUCAAGUUAUGUUUCCCCGACGUCAACUAUCAUUCAUUAAUAACAACUAGGCGUAUUUACCUCAAGUAGAUGUUUAUUUGUUCAUUCUGAAUCACGUUCUCAUCUUGUCUUCCAUGAUGUAUUAAGGAAUUAUUUGAAUUCUGCUGCUUGCUUCUGAAAAAUGAUCGGUCCAUUACACAUUACCUGAUUAGCUGACUUUUUCAAAACUUUCUUGGUUGAGAAAUGUAAAACUCAUAUGAUGCUAUGAGCAAUAGAAAACACUCUAUAAAACAAUGCGAUAAAAAUAGGCGAGAUAUAGACGACAAUUAAAUAAAAAACUAAAUCUCCACGUUUCGACGGCUUCAAGUUAACGUCACAUAAGAAAUGAAUAAAAGGACUGAAUCUAAAUAUAUGGCAAAAGAAUCUAUACAAGGCACGACACUUAUACCAUCGACUUUUCAAUUAUGAAGAAAGGUGGAUCGAAGUUCGAUUGUUUGAUUUUUGAGACUUUGUUCAUUAACGAAUAGAAUAAAAUAAAAAUUUCGAAACAGCUUUUUUAUAUAGCACUUCACAUUGUGGUAAUAUUCCUUUGCUCUUGUUAGGGACGGACCAUUGGAUAAAUAUAGUUAUGUAGGGGGUCCUUUUAACACGAAAUUUCCACAACCUCUUUCCCGGUAUGGAUUGUUAGCAUGAAAGUGAUGGUGAAGGGCUUCGAAAAAACUGGACAGAAGUAAAGCACGCUUAAAAUACUUUGGUUACUAGAAUAAACAGUAUCUAAACACUGAUCUAAAGAUCGAGUAUGUGCAUUUAGCGUUUUAUUUCUCCCACUGCCCACAAUAUUUUCACUUAUUCGCUUGCUUGAUAUCUGUGAUAGUACUCAGUGAUAUACUUGCUGAUACUUGGUGACAAUGUGGUGAUGUACUCGCCCGCGUGACUUUUACAUCCACCGAUCAGCUCAUCAUAUAACACAGGGUAUCAGAUUUACAAAAAAUGAAUUAGCUUUACCUUGGUGGUUGAUGCAUUUCAUGUCUGUGAUGACGAUUCGGUGAACGAGAUCUUUUCGACUGAGAUUUCCGAGAUCUGCAUAAAGAAAAAUGUCCUUAAGAUCUGUCAAGGACAAUAUAUCUGAUGCAUUGUUCUCUAUUACUCUAUUUACUCCUUCUGACACAGUUGCGCAUUGCAAUAGUGGAGACCUUGUUACGGUUUUUGAAGCCAUAACCGCGUGAGAAAUUACAGUCUUUCUAUGAGAAUCUAAUCCCGAAUAAUUUAUCAAGCUGAAUAGAGGAAUUAGUAGAACACUUAACUGACCGGCUUGAAGAUCGCCUUCGGCUUGCUGAUCGCUGUGACUGUUCUCUCUGUUCUCUUGCUGGCGACCAGGAAUAGGAACGUGAUCUGGAAAUAUAAACAACAGUGGCCUUCAAUUUACGCACAGCAUUUUACAACCAUGAUCUGAACAGAAAAAUAUGGCAAGAGUAUGGUAAAAAUUGCAAAAUAGUAGUUAGAUUUUCAUAGCGUUGUUCUUGACUUCUUUUCCUUGACUUGCCCAUCUUGCUCUUCUUCGAGAGUCCGACACAGCGGAAACCACAAAUACGCGAGUAAAUGCAAUAUGACCGGGUUUUAUGAGCCUGCGAGACUGAGCACCCCAGCCAAACCCUUGUUUUCAGUAAAACCGCUGGACUUCAACCAUGAAAAACGAGUAAGGUAAGCUUUAAAACUGCUGAUUACGUGACGGAAGCGCUAGAAUAUUAUAAAGCCAGGUUUAAGCUUUUUCAAUAAACCUGAAAAAGAGGUCUUUUUCCUUGCAAAACGAAGUAUUUUAGUUUCUCAUUAAUAAUGAAGUAUCUGAAAAGCUCGAUCCCUGAUCCCUCAAAGACACACACAAAAAAUGGCUGAUCCUGAUCCCAUGACUUGUGACCCGGGAUCCUGGGUCUAUGAUCUCGAUCCUGGGACUCGAUCCCAUAUACCUGGUUACGACCCUGUUAUUAAUAAUUCAUAAAAAAGAAAAGAUAUUAAUAUUAAUGUUUAAUGAGUGUCUUUAUAUCUGAACUUUAUAAUUUGAACUUUUACAAAUACAAUACUGCUCUGUACAAGAUCUUUAUCAACGAACCAUUAGUGCAGUUUGCAGUUUCAUCUAAGUGUUGGUCUGUAUGAAUAAGACUCUGAGCGGUCCCUUACGAGAGUGUUAAAACAAAGGAAAAAUCUGGUUGGGUAAUCUCAAAAGUGAUCAUGGUCGCUCACAGGAGUGGUCGCUUAUGAGCUUUUAAAUACAAAGUUUAAGUCACAGUUCAAACAGGGUUUCACCAAGUUGGUUGUAACUAGCUGGUCGCUUACGAGAGUGAUAGUAAGGAGAGCGUCUUCUGUAUUUGAUGUGCUUAUUAAAUAGUUUAAUUGAUCAAUAAGAUGUUCAGAGGCGACCAACUUUGAGGCCUGGGCACCCCAGCUGGAAUGCUUGAUUGCUCCCUGAAAUUUUUCUUAGAGCACAGGCUUGUUGUUUUGUUUGUUUAUUUGCUUUUUUUUCAUAUAUUUUCUUUUCUCUAUUGGCCUCUUGCACUUUCUUCCUACUUCUGGCCAUUAACCUCUGAGGUUCAGCGAUUAUCAUAUUUCUAGUUAAAACAAUUUUUAGAUUCAGCUUUAUCGUGGUAUCAAGAACUAUGAAGGUCUUGGUAAGUGUUAUCAGCCAAGGCGAAACACUUACCUGGACCUUGGUUAUUCCUCAUCCAGUUAUUGUUAUGAUUUUACACAAUUCUGUAUUUGAUUCAAGUUUAUUUAAUUUUGCAGGGGUGAAGUGUGGGGUGGGGUGGGGUGGGUGAGUUAACUAGUCAAGGUCCUUGAAAGUAAUGCCAGAAGAUACAUCACCCAAACCUCUAGGGAAGUUCUUAAUCUCCCUAUCAUGGCCUAUACAGAAAGGCUCCGCCCAAAAGGGGUACCUUUUUCGAGCUUCAGGUAUACAAAAGGGUAGUUACAUUGUAUUUCAAUAGUUGAAGUAUAAAAGAGGGUAGGGAAAUCCGUCAUUUCAGUUUGUAAAAAGACUGAAAAGGGCUGGUGGAAGCAAUUUCCUGGUUUGAUGAUUUAUUUAUUUACUGCAGUUAAAUAAAUAAAGAUGUUUAAUCACCACAUUCUCACAUUAAAAAUGAAUUACAAUGCGCUUACUAUAUGCAGAAAAAUUGCAAAAACUGGAGUGAAACUGGGACUGGAGUUUACAAUAUACAUGUAAUAAUUAAAAAAUAGUAAAACCUAGUAAAGUAAUUACAAGAAUAUGGUUCAAUCAUAGUUACUACAAGAGUUAUACUAAGAAUAACAUUUUACUUUUAAAAGAUGUUGCUUUGGCCAUUAGGAUAGUACUAAGGAAAAAGCUUUGCCCGAAGUGAUCAGUUUUACGUUUCAAAGACGUCCAAGAGUUAGAAUUUCUAAGAGAAUAGUCAUGGGCAAUAGUCCUGAUACUGAGUUCAUUGUCCCUGUCCUCAAGUCUAGCGAUUUCAGCAAGUUGUAAGGCUUCGUAGUAUGAAGACCAGAAUUAUAUUAUCUUUAAAGUAUGCAUUUGGACCCUCUUCAUUUCACUAGACAGAGAGGCAGGAAGGGGUCACACUGCAAAGUUCUAAAUGAAGUAUAUGUGAAAGUGGUCAGUGGAAGGCGUAUGAAAGGGGUACCUUUUCUGUCAAAAAUGGUACAUAAAAGGGUAAGCUAAGGGGUUGGGGCCUCCUUAUAUAAAACUUGUAUUUUUUUUCUUGUAUUUUGGGGUAAUUUUCAUGGGGUGUUUAUUAGGCAAGGGGCAUUUAUUAGUGAGGCAUUUAAAUAAAAAUUUCACAAAGGCAUUUAUUUGAGAGAGUGUGUUUAUUAGUUUAGUACUGCUAUCUUAAUGGCCUAGGCUGGGUUUAAUACUCUCCUGGUGAACUUUAGCAGGAUCAGGUUACAGUAAUGUUUCAUAAACACGUAAUGUCAGAUCCUGAGGGAAACAGUUUUGUUUUCCAGAGAGUCCUGAUGUUUCCCAAGACGAAUUCUCGGGAAACAUCAGGACUCAAGGGAUAACAAAACUAACUGGUUUCCUGAGGGACCUGACAUGUUGUGUUUUGUUAGAUUUCUAGACUUUCACUUCAACAGCGACAAAAGAAUAACCAAAGCGAAUCAAAACAGUUGCCUUGAGUCUUAUAAGAAACCCCUGGAUGAAUUAUUUACAAAGUACUCUCCUUAUAUUAUAUGCAUCUUUUUCCUCCACUAGCUGCUGUUUCUCUACAGGGAUAACUUUGAAAAUUGUUGCUUUUUAGCUUGAGGCUUCAUGUUUGUCUUGUGGACUCUUGUUGUGUUCAUCCCCAAAAGGGAAAACUGGCAGUGUUUUUCCCACCUUCUGUCACACCACUCUCCACGAUGCUUUGAUGAUGUGCUGUAACAUACCCCAAACAGGGUACAAUUGCUCAAAUGUAUCACGAUUAGGAUACAUUUGAUUUUAGUCAAGGCUAUAUAUGUGACCAAGAAUUAACCAAUGGCAGUCGCUGUUUAGUUGAGUGAAAGUCUAGGAAUAUGACACAAUUACACCUAACUAUGUCUCUAUUUUGCUGUAAAAUCUUAAGAACAAAGCAAAAAGGCAAGCAUUGUUAGCCAUGAGUUUAUGUGGAUUCCAGUGUAAGGGAAAACAGAAACUGUGUCUUCUGUUUUGCCUCAGAUUUUAGAGCAUUAGAGAGGCUGUUUGCAAUUGCUUGUCCAUAGCUUCAAAAUGGAAACUAAGGACCAGUUGUUUAAAAUGGAGGUAAUCAGUCUUUUACAAAAUCAGGGUCUAAUCCAUUUUUCUUUGCCCAAUCCUAUUAUCUAUUCACUGCUUGCAGUAAACAGGUUCCUGAAUUAAAGCAUAUAAAAACCAUUAAAUAGAAAAACACUUAUCUUCUUAAAGUAACGCACAUAGAAAGAGAUGUAGGGGUCCAGUGAUUUCUAAAGCCAUUGCAACAGUUAAGCCUGGUUCUAGUAUAUUGCUGACCCACCUGCGACAUAGCCACUGGCACUGCCUGAACCUGUGCCACCUGAAACAACGGCCAUUACAGAUUUUUACUGCUGGCAUACCUGCGAAGUUGAACUCAAGUCAACUUUGCAGGCAUGCUGAUGGUAAAUGCUAGGAAAGCCAAUGUUGCUGGCAACUUCUGUUCUCAUGCAGCAGGUAGGUUGGUGACAUGGAUGAGAACCAGGCUUUAGACUUUGUUUAAAUUACCAACCCUUAUUGUUUGCAAUAUACAUAAUAGCGCACACUUUGGUGACACCUGUCAUUUAUUAAUCUUUAUUAUUAUUAUUAUUCUUUUAUUACUAUUAUUUUACCAGAUAAAGGAUUAUCUUCUCUCCUGAAAAGUCAAACAGACUUGGAACUUCUAUUUGUGAAAUGGAACUCGUCCCACACCAACUUAACUGACAAGUGCUUGACUACACUACAUUCUUCAAAACUAAAAUCUGUGACACUGGUAGCUCUUGACCAGCUAACAAACAAUGGCCUAAUUACCCUGGCCAAGAACUGUCCCAAUAUUUGUGAACUUAUGGUCCCACGAUGCAACCAACUCACUGAUGGUUGCUUUCAAGCUGUUACUACACUUUUGAAGGGAGUGCUGGUAAGUGUUAUUAUUUUAAUAACUGAUAUUCAAUUGAGGGUGACCCUACACUGUAUGUGAAAAGGGAAUGACUUAUGAUUUGGGCUGUGUGAUUGACAUGUGACUUCAAACACCCUCCUGUAGUUAUAUUUUGGCCACUUGUUUUCACUUAUUUUUUUAUGAAGACAAAGUCAAAAUUAGCAUGUGGGCAGGCUCUAUUGUGGAUGAUAAUAGAGAGUUUAAGAUACCACGACAGCAACAGCGGUGAAAAUGUUGCCUAAAAAGUGAAUUUGCGUUCUUCCAAUCUCUUAUCGUGAUUAUUCCAAUUCGCUUACUUUGUCAAAUGCAAGCGAGCUAUUCUGAAGGUGAAUUCCUUCCAAUCAUAUCCAAGUUCAGAAAGAGAAAGAAAAUUCUGUCGUCGUUCCUUCACGUCAGGUCCGUAAAACGUGAAACUAGGCAUUUUCAUCAUCGUAGUCGUGCAAAGACAGAGAAGAAAAUUAAUGUACAAAAAAGCAUGCUGCAUGUGCAGAGUUGUUGUUUUGCCUAUUCAACCUAUUACUUUUUUUGAGGUUCUGGUUGCCGUUGCUGUUGUGGCAUCUUAAACUCCCUAAUAUGAAGAAGAGAAAGUGAGUAAACACGAGUAGAGAGGGAGAGAGGAAUGAGAAGGGAAGCAAAGAAAGGGCCUGGGUAGGAGGCAUUCAAGGGAAGUUUGAGUAGAGAUGUGCGCCUGGGAUCCCAGACUCGCGGGGCCUUCAAUCACUAAACCUGUUUAAGACAAAAAUUGUACAUUCUUUCAUCCAGUUUAAGACAAGAGACCUUAUUUCAUGAUCCUGAUUAACGUUUUUUUGCAUAAAUAAUUAAAAAAAUAAUAAUAAAAAAAUAACUAUUUACUUGUAUGGUAACCACAGAUGUAGAGUUGUCAUUACCAACCUUCACACUCUUGUUAUCUAAGUGUUUCCAAUUUUAAAAGACAUCCUGUUGAUGAUGCUAAAUACGUACCGGUAGUUAAAUUACUCUGUUAAAGACCCUCAGAUCAUACCCUGUUGAGCUCUGUUGAGUGGCCCAUAACUGUUUAGUCCAAAAAAGGGAGUGUCCCCUUAGGAGAGGGAGUUGCUGUAGACAAAACCUUAUUAGCAUUAUUGAAACUGCAUGGUGAGACUGAUUCAAUAUGCUAAACACAGUUUGAUAGGUUGUGAGUCGUUGCUGCUGAAUUGAUUGGGAUGUUAUUAAUUAACCCGCUCGGCUGGGAACUUUGCCGAAAAAGCGUUUUAAACAUAGUAGAAACGUUUUUUGGUUACUGUCUGGCUAUAAAGAGCUAAAACUUACCACAAAGCCAUUGACAGACUAAAGCGGCCUUCUGAUCCACAUGCAAAAUAUUAGGGUCUGAAGUCCAGGCAAGAAAGGAAAAUUUUGAGAUUUGCUUUCUCUCCUCCCCUCUUUUAUCGCUUUUCUUGCGUUCCUUUUUUUUCCCUUGCUGGGCAUUUAGUUGGCCUCAUUUUGGUGGGAAACGUUUUUCGGAAAGCCUCUAGGAUCUUAGGAUUAGGUGAAAAGGAAGGUAGGUGGGUAGUGGAACAAGAUUUUAAUGGGAAUUUGUAGGUCGAUGUUACAUGUUUUUUGCCUAUUUCUCCGACCCCCAUGACUGAGUUGUGUUCAUUCUGGAAUGGUUUGAAAGAUGUCUUCACCCUGCACAAGUCAGCUGACAGAGUGUGGGUUAAAACUGAGCGAUAGGAGGGACGUGGAUCUGUACGUUCAGUCACGGGUGGUUCAGGGGCUAAUGGGUUAAGACUUGUUGCAGACCUGCCAACCCCUAACAAAGGAAAAUCUGGAGUCUCAUGAAAAAAAAUUGGGAGAUUGUUCAAAAAGUAGUGACAUUUUAUUUUUUCCCUAUCAAGAUUAAACGAAACCUUUUUCCACUGGGGGAAUUGAGUGUUUCUCUAAAUCUUAAUGGUCAACUUCUGUAUUAGUAUUAAGCAGAGGCCUUAACGAUGAACAAAAGCACAAAUCCAUAGCUCUAUCUUUGAUCACUUUAGUUUAUGGCUUAAGCAUUCCUCAUUAAACUUCCAUCUUUAUGCAAAAAGGUAUCAUUUCAUUUCGGAAUGAUUUUUCACCAAAAACCGUGGGAUUGGUAGUCUUGUCAUGAGACCGUAAGAAAAAACAAAAAAUCGAAUACUCAGGGUAGAGUCGUGACAGUUGGCAGGUUUGUCGUUGUAGCUUUAAUGGUCAAAUGUGGCACGGACAAUACAUAUAUAAGAUUUUACAUUUAUGAGGUUAACCUUAAGAUUUUGAUUAUUUCCAUUUCAACAUGGAUAAUGUAAAAGAAGACUAAAAUUGAUUUUUGAAAUUAGUAGGUUUAAGUCAGAAAAUUCCUUUACUCAAAUUCUAUAUUUUAUUUUAUAUUUUCUUUGCUUAUAGUUCACGAUUAGCAAGCUACCAGAUUUCGCCAAAUUAGAAUUGCCUAUAAAAGACUCCCACAUUGUUCCCUAAUUUCGGAAUGCUCAACACUUGUGUGUGUAUCGAGAUCACUGAGAUUGAAAGGCUUUUUGACUGUGUAUACUCUCAUGAUAGAGGUUUUAAUAGUAAAGGGAUUAAGCAUUUCUUGAGGCAGAUGAAGUUUGCUAUUUUGCUUUAUAUCACAUCAGACUUUAGUGCGCGGUAACAAUAAUGCAUGCAAGUCUUUUUUAGAAAAACUGUGUUAGCCACCUUAAUAAGCAAAUUUAAUACCUUUGCCAGGAAGUAUUGGAUCUGUCUGGAGUUCAUCUGUUGACUGAUCUGAGCUUAGUAGCCAUUGGCUCGGGAAGCUGUCCUAAUCUUAGAGAGUAAGUGAUUAAAGUUUUAAUAUUAGCCUACUCCUAAGGAUGUUUAUAGAUGAUGAUCUGUGCAUAAUAAUGUGAAUAACCAACAAAAAUACAAUGAGCUCUUAUUGCAUGAGCAAGCAAUUGGAGACUUGCUGAGAUUAAAGGUCAAACACUUUUUCGUUUGUGGAGAGUUUAUAUCUAAAUUUGCAUAUACUUGCUUCCAUAGCUACACAGGCAUAAAUAAGGUACCUACCCAGCAUUGCUCAAUGUACCCAAGGCCCCUUUGGUGUUUGCUUCCCCUGGCUUAACCUUGAGUGUAAAUUCCUGGGUAGAGUAUUACUAAAUAGGCAUGCAGCUAUUAUGCAGCUGUGAAAUGCUGGUAUGUUAUUUAAAAUUUGCAUUUAAGUGCAGUUGUUUCAGGAUACAGUGGCCAUUUCUAUUACUUCAGGACUGAACUUUGCGGCAAAAAUUGACAGCACAUUUUGAUUGUAAUUUCAGCAAAAAAAUGUUUAAAGGAACCUGCUUGCUUCAGUUUAAGGAUCUGGUGUGUUUUGGAAUACUCGUUAACGUAAAUCAAAAAUUAAAUAUAGCAAGAAUAGCAAAUUUAAAUCAGCAAAAAAAUUGAUUCAAAUGGUGAAAAAGCAAAGACAACCCUUGAGAAAUCGCAAAAGUAACAAAACAAGGAAUAUGGUAACGUUUGUUCUUGUCAACAUCAAUCGCAGAUACAGCGAAAGUAACAAUAUCAGCAAAUGAAAGGUCUUUAAUCAAUCAGGUAAGGCAAAGAAGGCCCUUGAAAAGUUCGCGAGUUUAGCGAUAAUCGCAAAAGAAACAAAGAUUUUCUUAUCUAUGCGAAUACUUCAGUGUCAUAGAUUAUCAUGUCAGAAAUUUGACGAAGGGGACGUUUUAUUUUCAGCACAACAAUUGACACAACCGUCAUGUAUGUGUGCGGCUUCGUUUUAUUAUCUAUGGAAAUCAGGGAUAAGUCUUGCUGCAUUAGUUUUCUGCUCCACUGCGUAUCAGUUAGUAAUUUAAAACAACAAUUACCAUUACAGCAGGAACAAUAUGGCGGGAUGAUGGCAAAAUACAACAUAAGAGAUAUCAGAGAUUACACAUCACGAGUAACUGGUUUAAGAUAAACACAACAGUCAAGAUGGCUGACCUGUUGAAAAGCACCUAAUUUACCGUGUAUUGCUGGUCAGGUGAUACACAAAUAAUGACGCGCUAGGGUGGUCUAAGUAUUUUUUCUGUUACAUCCUUUUCUUUUUUAAAAUAAGAAAACUGAAAAGAAGAAAAAUAAAAUUAAAUAAAAUCUAUGCUUAAAAAAAUGAAAAAUUAUGAUGCCUCAGUCCUUGGAUUUAAAUGAGAACAAAAGCUGAAAAGGUUCUUAGUCCCUAAUUUGGCCUAAAGGUCCAAUCGCCACUUCGGGUAAUAUAGGGCUCUGAACUGUCCGCCUUUGUAGUUCACGGUCAUGGUGUUGUUCCUGUGGUGAAAUUACAGGCGACACUGGUGGAACUGGAGCAUGGUCAGGCUCGUCCUUGGGUAGAUUCUGAUGUGCACUUCUAACAAGAGACUGUUCUGCAUUUAAACUUCAUGUCCUGGAGAUGGGCGAACUUGUAGCUGUGUCUGUUGCGGCGAUUCUUUCUCCUAUUUUCUACCUGAAUCAAAUAGGAUCCUGUUGUGUGAUGAUGUCUGACUACCGUCUCUGGCUUCCACCCUCUGGAAUCGGUCCAGGGCUGCAUUCACACCUUGGUUCUGGGCUGUAGUUCCUUCACUUUGCUGCUUGCAUGUCGGUCAUGGUGCUUCUUCUGAUCCUUUUUGGUCUUCUUCAGGUACAUGGAGACAUCCUUUUGCGUGACACUAGUAGGUUGGAACAAGCUGUCUAUCAUCGGUAAAUCAUUUCUCAGGCGACGUCCCAUGAGCCAUUGUGUUGGCGGCAGUUCAAUGCCUGGUAGUGGUGUCGUCCGAUAGUCAAGCAAGGCCAGAUUUUUGUCCUCCUUGUUCUUUCGCCAUAGAUUUUUAACAGUCUGAAUGACCCUCUUCGGUUCUCCUUUAACCUUUGCGUAUGCUGGAAACCGUGCUCUUUCGCAAAUUCUUGAAAUUUGCUGCUUCUGAAUUGGGGGGCCAUUAUCUGAGACCGCUUCUACUGGUAUCCCAUGGACUCCAAAUUGCCUCUUCAGCUCUUCAUUUUGGUAACUUCUGGGAACUUGCUGCGAUAGCACACAGAGAGUAAAUAGUGUUCCUCUUGAAAUUCAAGCAGGUGAGUUCCUAGGGUUUCAGAGGCUCCGUAGGCUGUUUCUCGGCAAAAUCUGCAGACACGCUACAAUUGGUGACCGUUUGCGCCACAUCUAGACAUUCCAGGCCAAAACAGCACCUCUCUAGCUCUUUGUCUGCAUUCCUAGGUGACUCUUGUGGAUCUGGCCAAGUAUUUCAGGUCUUAAAACCUUUGGGACAGUCAACGUCUUCCUUUGAAGAAGAGUCUACCUGCUGUUGUGGCUUCAUCAUGGAAUGUACAGUCGGGUCUUGACUCCAUAGCAACUUGCUACUUUGUGUCUGGCCAUCAAAUUCUCACCAUUGUUAGGACUGCUUGUAGCUCUGUUUCUACUUUGGUCUCUUUCUAGAACUCUUCCUACUCUUACCGUGUUGAUUUCCUGGAAUUCUUCAACUUGAGUUUCCUCUACCUCGAUAGUUUCGUGAAGUCACCAAGGGGGUGACUCAUCUCCACUGUCUCCUGAGUCAUCUGAACUAACUUGUGAAACAUCCUCUUCUUUUAGUUGAUGCACUUGUUCUGAUCUACAGAGCUUGGAAUAAUGAUUCAUCUUUUUGCAGAAAGUGCACAGUUGUCCCAUUGUUGGACGUUUCUAGUGGGUUUUGUCGUAGCCUUACCUCCUGUGCUUGUUUUUCUUGUCUUGUCUUUCCUUUCCUUCCGAAGCUUUCUUUUCAGAGUCUUCCUUGUUUGUGCAAUUAUUUGAACGCUUAUGACGACUCCGAGUUUCGCGUUUUCUUUGCUUACAACAUCCACAGUCCGGUUUCGUCUUUUAGCAAGCUUCUUUAGACUGUUUAGAUUUGUUUCAUGGUUGCGACCAAUUUCUGCAGCUCUCGCGAAUCAACUCAUCGUUUAAAUUGAGGCACUUUGCACGAACUUUAGUUGCAACUGAACACAGUUGCGUCACGAACCAUUCUUUCCUCUUGUUCUUGGUAAAAACGGACCUUCACGAGGAUCUUCUUGAUCCGUAAACCACAUUAUAAAUGGUGUUGACUUUGUUCGGAAAAUCUAGGGCCUGGAAGUAUUGCCAACUCAAAAGCUUGUAUGUUAUGAUGUCUUGGCUUUUUUCUCGAGUAUCCUGGUGAAUCAAGCCAUGUCUGUUACACAACGCAAGUUGCAACGUGACAAUUCUCCCCUGACCACAGCGAGUUUUCACCUCCACAGAUCCGUGAACUUCUUUCUCACCAACAACUACUUUGUUUAUGAUGGCCAGUUCCAUAAACAGAAACACGGUGCAGCUAUGGAGGAAGACGAUCUUAGAUCAGUUAGAAACCCACCCUCAUUAUGGUACAGAUAAGUGGAUGAUGCUUUCUCCGAACUACAUCGCUGUGAUGUGGAAGAGUUUUCCCAACAUCUCAACCCGCGAGAUCCGAUUCACAUCGGACCCAGGGGAAGACGGAAAACUACACUUCCUUGACACUUGCAUCAAAAUUGAAGAGGUUGGCUCUACCAGAAUCACAGUAUACAGGAAACCAACUCAUACGGACCAUGCACUCACUAUCGACUGAUAAAGGCUAUUAAGCGAUUUAGCUGAAAUAUCUCGUAGCAAAUAUUUUAUACGUUCCAGUCUAUUUCUUCUCAUUGAUGUCGAUGGAACACGAAAUUAACGUUUUCUCUUCAAAAAUUACUAGGGUCAUUGAAAUGUGUAUACCUCGUUCUUUAGGCAAUAAAUACCCUCUGGACCUAUCAAGUCAGAAAUGGAGAGGAGGGUAGUUAUAUUUGGCACAAGAAUUGACCAAACCAUUAUGCCUGCUUCGUUCUUUUAGCUAUGGAUGCGUGGUCUGUAAUUUACCAUGAACAACAAUGACCAGAAUCAAUGAUACACCCUGGAAGGGCUUUUUUUCCCUUACUUCUUAAUAACACUGAGCUAUUACUAAAUUUGUUAUUGUUAUUAAUUUUGCGAUAUUUGCAGGCGUCUGACAUAUUUUCUUGUGAAUAAUUGUUUGUUGAUAAAAAAUUGCAAUAAAACAAGCAAAUUUUUGUUGCAGAGUUCAAUCCUGAACGUUCUUUUCUGUUACCUGUGUGCGAUAUUUAUGUGCAAAAUGGGUCUUAAUAGCACACCUCACCUUAAAAUGCUGUGCCCCACUGUUGUUAUGUUAACAGCAAUUUUUCUAAGUUAAUAUCCAAUUUUGCCCAUAUUCAAGCGUGGUUAGGGUGCUUAUCUUGCAUUAGUCAGAACUGGUUAGCCAGACUAGUCCAGUCCAUACAUAUAGAGAAUUCCACUAUUAAUCAGAAGUGUCUAUAAAUCAGAUCACUUAUUUUUUCAAUGUAGCAGUCAGCGAUGGAUUUCCUUACAGUGUCCUUGAUAAAGGAGGUUUUUUCAAAACUUUAGAUCAACACAACCAUAGAACUAGGUGGUGUGUUUUAAGGGUCCAUUUGAGCUCUGAUCUGUUGUACUAUUUGUUUUCUCACUGCAGGCUUUAUCUUAAUGGAUGCACCAUGAUUUCUGGUGUAGGAAUACAGCAGGUACUAAAAUCAACAGUUCAACUAAUUAAGUCAGCAAAUGGUUAAUUCUUGAUAUCUUGAGCAUAAGAAUUGUUCCACUUUCUGAGAAAAAAAAAAACAAACAUAUUUACCAACUUGCUCAAACAUAAAUAUUUUGAAAACUCAGCGCUAUUCGAUCUCAUACAUAUACUGUAAUUCGUAAUGUUUGCUCUCAUUCCUUUUUUUACAUGAUUGAAAGAAAUACUUCGUUAAAUAAAGAGUUUUGUACGUUUGGAUAGCAAAUGUCGAUAUGAUGUAAGUAAGAGGAGUGAAGUUAGCUUACCUUUACUCCUAACGUGGUCUUUUGCAUUUUCUGUGGCAUUUCAGUCCCUUGCUGCCCCAACAACAAGUAAAGGAAAAAAAAAACGAUAAAUGCAAAUCCAAUGGCCGCCGCAGCUGAAUGCUGUCUGAAUGUUUUUCCAUUUUCUCUCAUGCACUUCCAUACUUCCUAAGUCAUCCAGCCUCUAAGCCAGGUACAAUGUAGUUUUGAAGAUUGGUGGAAAAAUAACAGUGAAAAAGCUUGCGCCUCUAAUGGCCUUAACUAACACAGUGAAUUUCCACAUGCGCCUUUAAAUCGAUAUUGUCAUAGAAUGUCGAAAAAGAUGUGGAUCUUUAUAAUAAAAGCUAUAUUAAACUCAAAUUAGUUACAAAUGACCCUUGCCUUGGCCAAUGGCAUGUAGUAUAAACGCGUGAAUGUGUGACUGUAUUCUGCUGUCAUCUGCAAUGUGUCAAGAUAUUUUCAAAUUUUCGAUGCUAGGCGAAAGGCAACUUAAAGAAAAACAAAGCGUCAGUGAUCACAAAAUUAUCCCCUGCAUAGCUAGCUUGAAAGCCUUUUUUUAUUCAUUUUCUUGGUUGAGCCCUCUAAGAAAGUGUUCUAUAGGUGGUUUUCAGGUAACGUCAUCGCCGCCAUGCUGGUGGACGGUAAACAAAAGAUCGCUAAUUAGCUCGCUUUGUUUGUCCACCAGCAUUUGUUCAUUUCAUCAUUGUUAUUUGUGUCUCCCGAGAUUGCAUGAAAACCACCUAUUGGCAAGUGUCAAUACUACAAUUACUAAAUUCAAAUUUCGUAUCUUGAUCGACCACUUUUCCAAGAUACUAUGAUGAUGUUGAUCUUAAGGCAAAUGUAAAAAUUUGAAGCGUCACCCUAGGUUAUUAGACACAAGCGAAGUUGUCAAGUUUUGGUACUGAUCGUUGAAAACUACCUGGCUUUUAGUUUUCCGAGGCGAGAUGACACGAGGUGCAGGGAAGCAGAAGAAAAGGGACAAUAUUCCGAAGGCAUCAGCGGCAGUUGACCAUUAGAUUUACAUCUGCCUGGUUGUUUUUUCCUUUUUCGUUAAACUACUAACAGUAAAACGGGCAACAAAAACGUGCAACUUAAUUUGCAACAUUGCUGUGGAACGAUUUGAAGUGUUGUGUUGUUGAGUGCGUUGUGCCACCCACAUUCAAACCUGUCAUGCAACAAGUAGUCACGCCAUACACGAGAGUUGCGUCACUGGUCGCCAGUAAAACUCGCAACUUGCAGAUUUUGUUGCAAAAAGUAGAACUGCGCCUUUACUUUCUGCAGCAACUUUACACAACCUGCAACAACCUUAUUGCUGCAAUACAGGUUGAUUUGUGGGUGGUAAAACGCGUAACAUAGCUAUUCAACUCUUUUUGCUGCAAUGUUGCAAAACAAUUUUUACGGUUUUGUUUCUCAUUUUACCAUUCCUUUAGGGCUGCCAGCAGCUCAACGCAACACGCAAUAGACCACACUAAGAGUAUAAAGUCCCAUUCAUACCAAGGCUUAAACGUGUUUUGACGCUGUUGUGUUUAGUUAAACAGGGUUUCAUUUUCUUGGUGUGAUUGUCAGUUUUCUGUGUCAGUUUAUUUAUUUGCCAGAAAAAAAUAAAGUCAUUCAAUACGUUGCAUACAUGAAAAAAGUAUUGGUUGAAGGUUAAAGGUGAUGUAAAUUACAUAAGUUAAAGAAUUAGAAAUUUUUUUCUGGCAAGGAAUCUGAAAUUGAAACUGGGGGGCUUAUUUCAUGUUCAAAUAUAAGUCAGGAUAAAAAGCAAACAAAACAAAAUCCUCCAGACGGAAAUAUGCAGCAAACUAUAAUAAAUUUCUGACAGUCUUUGGUUAGAGGACCAAACCUCCAUUGUGGUUUUUCUUUGAUCUUUUUCACCAACACUGCAUAUAUUGAACCACAUUUACCCCUCUAGCAACCCUCACCCCUCCCAUGACUAUUUAGCAUUUUCCUUUUCAAGACAGACUGUUUUUGAAAAAAAAAACAGCCUCUUGCUAAUUGGAGAUCACAGUAGAGAAUUAAAUUGCACUUAAGGAUGUACAUAAUGAAUGAUUGUGCUUCAGGUGACGGAAGGUUGUCCUUCUUUGUCAAGUCUUGAUAUUGGCUACUGCUACAGAAUUUUAAACAAAGGCACCUCAUUUGUUGGAGCAAGUGCUUUUCCCAAAACCUUGACAGAAUUAACAUUACACGGAGUGCAGAUGUCUGAAGACUUACUCAUUGAAGUGCUGAAUCAGCUACCUUAUGUCAAAGUUUUGACGCUGUGCGGCCUGAGGUCUGUAGAUGAUGAUACAUUAAAUCAAGUGAGUGCAUCUAUCUCACUUUAAGUUUAUAAUUAUUUACUAUGGUGUACUAUGGUGUACUCUUGUGCAUCAUUAAAAUUUCCCUUAUUGUUUUUGUACGUACUUUGUCUGAAUAUAUCAGCUUAAAACCUCUAGGUUGUUGUUUGGACCAGGAACUUUAAGGGUCUUUAUGUGCAAUUCUUAUGAUAUAACCAUUUUAUGAAUCACAAAUGCAAAGUAGGAUAUUAAUGGUGGCUGCGUUAUGAUACAGGUGCAUUGAGCUAUUUGUCUUAACGUUUUUUGGUUUUAACGUGAUGGCUACAAAAAUUUAGAAAAAAAUAUCAUGCAGCAAUAGUAAAUAAUCCUAUUUCACUGGUGAUGAACCUUUUUUACGAAAUUAGGGCUUAAGUGGACCGUACUGUUCAAAGGAAAUCGCGUGUAGUAAAACAUUUGGCAGACUUUUUUUUUUACUGAAAUUUAUUAUCGGCUAUUAUUGCUAUAAUACGUUUGCCAUGCAAAUUUCACCGAAAUCUUUGGAGCAGAAGUCCAUAGCCAGUAAGACCUUCGAAAUUCAACUUUGAAAUCGUUUUGAAAUUUAAAAAACGAAUUGCUCUGAGGAAGCUGAACGAGCCACCAGUUCCAUUUUUUAGGACAAGUAAUUCAAAUCUUUGAAAAAAAUCUUUUAAGAAAAAGGUGAUUGCCUAUCGUGCUAUUCUUGGAGAGGUACUUUUUAGUUAUGGAAGCACCGUAAAUUGCUCCAAACCUUGCUCUGAAGUUGAAUGACUUGUUCCUCGAAUGAUUCCUUGUUCUUGGAAUAUUCCUUAGCGGUUUUCGCUGAAACUCCUGCUACAUACAUUUUAGAGUAUUACAAUGCAUUUUCAUCGGCUUUAGUACGUCUAAAACUGAAGAGUACUUUUUAAAGAAUAGCCUGAUUGGUAAUAAGCUGUGUUUUAAGAAUAAGCAAACGUUAGAAAUACUUCCCGAAAUUUCGGACUGGUAGAAAGCAAUCAAAACAAAUCUUAAAUGAAUAAAUGAACAAAGAAUAAGCAAACAAUAGAACUAGUUCCCGAAAUUUCGGACUGGUAAAAAGCACUCAAACCAAAUCUUAAGAGCAAAUGUCUGUAAAAAUCGAGCAAAAUCGAAAUUUCGCGGCCAAAGUCAAAAAAUCGUUUUCGCUCAUAUCUUGUCCCUAGUUAGGUAUUAGUAACUAACUAAACGUGGUGUAGUUUGUUUUUCAAAAGGCCUCCUCGAUUUGGAGAAAAUCGACAAAAUCAAUUUUUCUUAGUCGACAACUUGAAACAAGCAAAAUUUGACGUAAAAUCAGGCGUCCUCAAAACUUCCUUCGCACGCAAACAAGAAGAAAGCGGGGUAAAAUAUUCCGCGAUAAAUCAAUUUAUAAAGGGUUCUACUUCUGGUUUGGAAGAUAAACAAUUUUAUUUUAGUUUGGAUUCUUUUUCAACUAAACGAAAUUUAGAUUUAGGCUGAAAGUUGCGUUUUAUAUUUUAGGCAUGCACUAUACCCUGGUUUAAGCUGAAACUCAUGUUACCGUACCGUAUUUAUUCGAAUAAGCGCCCAACCUCGAAUUAGCGCCCACCUCGAAUAAGCGCCCAUCCUAAAGGCAGAAAAAGUUAAUAAGCGCCCAGCCUCGAAUAAGCGCCCACCCCCUCCUCCUCCCAAUCAAACUCAAAUAAGCGCUCACCCCCACCCCAUCCACUUGAGUGAAUAAAUUUUAAUAAGAGACUUUCCCGAGGACGGAGUUUUCUUCAGAUGUAUUCUACAGAAACCUUGCUUUGUUACUUCCUCAGUGUUUGUUAUUAGCAUUUAUUGUUUUGUUGCAAAAUAAACAUACUUCACUUGCUGAAAAUGGUGAAAAUUUAAUAAGCGCCCAGCCUCGAAUAAGCGCCCAGCCUCGAAUAAGCGCCCACCUCGAAUAAGCGCCCCCUCUCAAGGUCCUAAAAUUUAAUAAGCGCCCAGGGCGGUUAAUCGAAUAAAUACUAAAUUUGUACGUCACACGAACCUUCUGAAGUUGAAUAGAUUUUACUUGAAAUAUGAGACUUUUAAAGAACGUCGGAUGGUUGUUGCUCGACAGGUCACGAUAGCUGGGCUCCCCAAAAGAUACUUAACUCACAAUUGCAUUUGUAUUAAAGAAAUGUGUGCUGGAACUUUGUUACCUAAAUGAGUUUCUCGUUCUGGUUAACUGUUAUCUUGUUUUCUGCUGGUUUGCGCCGUGUUCCCAAGCUAAUCGAUCGAUGAUCCAAAAAUUCGAGGAAACGUGGUGCGUGAAAUUAAGCUCAUACAGAACAUUUCAUGGUAUUACUGACCUUUCUUUUCGAUCAAACUUUUACAUCCAUUGCCAUUUCAAAAUUCUAGGUCUCACAAGAACUGCGAUUUUGAUAGUGAAACUAUCGGGCUGCCGAUACACCUUUGGUCGUAAUGAAUCAGUCAGUUGUAUCUGUCAGUUCAGGCUGCGCCCAGCAACCCUCCCCCCCACCCCCGGGCUACUCCGGUCAGUCCCGAGGGUGGAGCAUUUUUCAAAUUUUUUUGCUGCCCGGGGUCCGGGCAUUUGCCAACCCCGGGGCCAUUCCCGAGCUUUUGACACGCACGCGGUUUCCUAUCAGAAUAUAACUACACAGAGGAUUUUACUGGGAAAGAAAGCAGGUUGGCUCAUCUGUCAAGGAGAGGAAAAAAUUGAUGAGGGUUGUAAAGGCGUGUUCUUGAUUUUAUACGUGCAUUUCUUCACUGCUUAUCAAGUCAGAAUUAUAUAGCGAAAUCGGGAGCUAUCAACGUGAAUCAACGUUUUUCGGUUAUCGAAUCAAAUUUCUGUUGAUAUUAUUUGAAAAACAUCCUUUCGUAUUUAUAAAACUAUUCAUAACAUAUAACUUUACAGUGUUUUAUUAAUUUUAAUGUCAAUAAUUUUACAUCAGUACUAAAAUUAUAAACUGGUCCAUGUCGUCGCGGCGUGAAGUCUUUAUUAGAAUCCAAGCGCUAUUACAAAGGAAGACGUUUAUUGAAACAAAAAAUCACAAAUUAAAAUGCUUAAAACGGCAUUAUUCGACUGUGCGAUCAAUGAAAAAUAUUGCAGUGUUGACGGAGGACGGGGCAUUUGCCCUCUUUUUUCGUCCCCACCCCGGGGGAUUUGACAGUUCAAGAGUCCCCACCCCCAGGAAUUUGUCAGCCAAGGAAAAAAAAAAGGCUAAUGCCUGGGGUUUAACCCGGGGGGGAGGGGGGGUUGGGGUUGGGCGCAGCUGGAAUUGACUGCAUAAAAAUCUGGUCAAAAGUGUUGCGUGACAGGAUUUGCCGGCCUUCCAAUCGAACCAUUUGAGCGAUGCAUCUAUCCUGGGACUUUCUUUAUUGUCCUUGCCAAAAGUAGCAUAUUAUGCUACUAACAAUCCAAAUCAUGUCUUUUCCCCUAAGUUUUCUUAGGAGAAAAGUAUGCUUUCUAAGUAUGCUUUCAUACAAUACUAAAUAAGUCCAAAAAUAUCGUUUUUCACGUCAACUCCCCCCGUUGUCUUGUAUUUGCCUUUUAUUUACUUUUGGCUUCAAGUGCUUCAAUCUCUAGCUAUUUCACCGCGUUGUAUAUCAGACCGCAGUCUUUCCUCUCGCAUAUGCAAGUUCCAUUGUUUUGGAUUACAGUUUCCUUAAAGAUUCUGCAAUUAUCUUUCAGUAUAUUUUUUUCUAAUUUGAUCAUGGUUCGUCAAACUCUUGUUUCUGUUUGUAUACAAAGGAACUCCUCCAUGCGACCAUCCCGUUUAUACGACCACCUCUUUAUUAAUACCAUAGUCUUUCGACGCAGACGUGAUAAUCUCCGAGUCAUUUUACUUUUUUGAAGACCUCUUUAAUGCGACCACCUCGCUAUCAUGGCCAGGAGUGUAUGGCCCAAAGGUUGUCGCAUCAACGGGGUUCCAUUGUGUUUUUUAAUUUCAGUGUUCCACCUUAUAUUACAAAAACAAAAAGAUAUGCGUCAGCUGGAUUAUGGCAAUUAAUGUAAAGAACUAAAAUUAAGGAUCCGCUUAUAUGAAGAAAAUUUGUCUCGAGCAGAAGGAUCAACCGCCUACCCGAGCUACCCUGGAUGAGCCAAACUUAAAUUACAAAAAGUUGGCUCAGCUAGAAGGUUGACCCACGUUAUCCAGUCACCCUUUUGUAAUGGUAGGGUCAGCCUCCUAGCUGGGCCAACUUUUCUCCAUAAACACGUUGCGCGCUUUCCAUUCAACAAAAAUCCUUUUUGAAAUUUCGGAAAAUCCACGUGCCCAGUGGAACGGUACAUUGCGGUUGCACAGACCAAACCAAAGCCACCGCGAGUUUGGUUAUCGUUUGGUUAUCGUGCUUGUAAGCAGGAUACAGCAUCGAAGCUGCCUUUUGACAAACAAACUACACCACGUUUAGUUAGUUACCGUACCUAUCUAUAAACACGAUAUGAGCGAACUUUUAUUUUUUUACCGUGACCGCCGGUUGCUCGAUGUUUACAGACAUUUAUUCUUAAAUAAAUGACUAAACAAAUCAAUUAUAUAAAAUAACAUAUUAUAGCAAUCUCUUUUUACGAUGUUAAGUGGUGUAAUUUUCCAAAAAGAAAUUCAGGAGUCUCUCUGUAGGCAAAGGCCUCAGCUUCCUUGCCUUUUUGUUGAAGGCAAGAAUAAGAUUGCCAAAGUCAUCAUCAUAGAUUUGGAAAUUUAAGAGAAAGAAACAAGAGUUUUUCAAUAAUGUGUUUUCUUGUGAGAGAAAGGUCAACAGCAAAGAGAGUCUUCUGUUGGUUGCAUGAUGCAGAAUCAAUUCCUUGCAGGGUGGCAACUAUUGACAGCACGUUCAUAAAACCAUUUUCUCAAGAUUGUUUCAAGAACCGUUCUGAUUGUUACUUGUACUAAUUCUGCAUACUUCCUACAGUUUUGUUUCUGACAGUACAAGUUGUUCUUUAAUUUGUACAGAUUUGUUUGGCUGUAGGCCGGACCUUGACGUCUUUGGAUCUGAGUGGUUGUACAGUCUUAACAGAUGCAGGUCUUUCGGCCAUCAGCAAACAUUGUCAAGUCAUUGAAUCUCUUAAAGUUUCUUUCUGCCCAAACAUUACUGGCCAAAAACUGACACCAUUGUUCAAUUGCCCCAAAAGAGGUCCAGAUAUUAAAACAUUUGUGGCUAAUGGAUGUAAAAUGGUCAGUAUGUUAUUAUUUUCUCUUUGACUAGAAUGUUCAUUUAAAUAUUAUUAUGAUAAUUAUAAUCAUCGAUAAUUGAAAUUUGUGUUGUAAAACCCCGUUACAGUAUGCCAAAGGGACAUGUGCUAUCUACAUUGUCUGUAUUAUCUGGGUGACUGUAUUGAGCAGGCCAUCACUGUAAAUGUCACAGCCACAUGCUUCAUUGAUAAUGUCAUAAAUAAUUCCAAAGCAGCUCAACUGAACAAACCUUUACAUUUGACUAAUAAGUUAUAGCUGUUAAGUUUUGGGGUGAAAUUGUUUGUUAAGUUGUUCAAACACAGCAGUGAAAUUAUUUAAAAGUAGCGGUUUGUGACCGUCAUUUCGGUUUGCAGUUCAGUCACGUAACAGACUAUUGUCCUUUUCAUGAACUUUAGGAUGGAAAAAGAAAACUACCCAUUAUUAUUUGGUGUUUGCAAAGGGAGGCUUUUUUGAUAAAAUAAUGGUUGCAAUCAGAGUCAUGUAAGUUUAGUAUCAAUAGAGUCUACCAUUUUAAUGACACCUUAACCUAACAAGCCUCUUUUAAGCUGCAUAACAGAAUAUUAACCUAAUGAUGUAAGGAAAUUGAAAUACCCCUAAUCAGCUCCAGUUCAGGGAGGUAAAUUAAUUUACUUAUUACGGACGACUAGAGGAGCCAGCAAUCCUAAUCUCUAGGUUGAUAUUACGCAUGCUUGGCAAGCACAUGGCUUUUUUUAAGCUUCGUUUGGACUUCCACUAAGAUUGAAUGGAAUGUACAGAACACAAUAUUAUCACGCGCGUUUGGAUUAUCUAUCACGUGAAACCUACGCAAAGCACAGCGUUGGAGAAAAAGCAUUUGAACCUUGGAUGGUUGUCGUCCGCACUCCGUAACCUUUGGUUAUUAUCAAUUCAGUAUUUAUUUAUUGUUGCACGUGUGUUCUGCAGUUUUCAGUUGAAGUUGUAGCUGAAAUAGCAGCGUGUUGUCCUUCUUUGCAUAAUCUAAGGCUAGCUGGAAUGAAGGACGUCGAUGAUCAGCUAUUAACAGCAGUCGCUGAAAACUGCCAUCAUCUUGCUUCUAUUAACAUUAAAGGUUGUGGCCAGGUAUGAAUAUUAAACAUAUCAUUGUUUAUUUGUUAAUGCUUUCAAAGAUCUUUGGGAGCGUCAAUUAUAUAACAUAGGAACAAAGGAAUAGCCCAGGUUUCACAUAUCAAAACAUGACUUCCAAGGCUUUGUGGUAAUUCUUAUUAUGGUUUAUGGUUUUCUUUGUGUACAAUUCCAAUCUGGGAAUUACAAGUCAAUGGAAUCGUGACAAAUUUUCAAUUUUGUUAGUGAAGCCACAGUCAUACUAGAAUUUUGUUAUAAUUAGUAACCAACUAACAGGACCUCCUGACCCUCCUCACCUUCCCAGGCAAGUAAAGCUUUAAAGAGAAGUUCUUUUUGAGUAGCAGUUGGGAUCUGGUGACACACUUUUGAUUAAUAGACACAAGUGGAUGAAUUAAUUUCCCAUAAGCUGUAUAGCUUUUAAAAUCAUCGUGCUUGAAUAAGGGCUGUCUGUUUGUCUAUCUGUUGUUUUUCACAGUUGAUUUUUGAAUCCACAAAUCAUUUCUUUCUGCGAAAACUUUUUAGAACUGGUACUUGUCCAUUUCUAGUCACUUUCUUACUAUUAUAUGCUACAACAGUGAAACCUCUCUUCACGGGAUACCCUCGGGACCAAGGCAAGUGUCCUCUGAAUGGAGGUUGGGCUGAGGUUUGUUAAUAAUUAACCAAAAAAUACACAUUGUUACUGGAGCCUAAAAUGGUGACCGCUCUCGCAGGCUAUAGAAUGCGCUGCAGUCAUUAUUUCAAGCAGCUCGAUAAUGUAUAAAAAAUCAUGAUUAAUUUGUCUUUGUGAUGUUGUGUGUCGAAUUCUCACAAAUGUAGUACAUUCAUUGAAGUGAGUUUAUUGGUGUUUUGAAAGCUGUCGCCAUUGUGACUAGUGAACACUUAAACUUGUGGACCAUUUUUAUGGUCAGUCACUUCUGCCGUACUUUUGGUUUCUAAGGUGUUCCCUGAAUGGAGGUUAAACCCAGGUUUCGGGACCCAGAAAAAGUGUCCCUUACCUCUGAAUAGAGGUGUCCUCUCAAUAGAGGUAACAAAUAUAAAGAUUAUGGGGACAUUUCUCUGGGACUAAAUCUUGUGUCUCCUGAAUGGAGGCGUCCCAAAGGAAAGGUUCCACUCUAUUGUAUUAAGCUGUCCCAUUUUAAUUGCAAUAAAUGUAAUGUUAACUGAAUUACAAUAAUGUCAGUACUACUUAGUUUAAGCCGACGGGCUAUAUUUGAUGUAUUAUGUGCUUUUAACAGGUAACAGACGUGGGAGUUUGUGAGUUAGCACGUAUGUGUCCGUUAGAGGAAGUUGUGGUGUCUGGUGUGUCAAGUCUUACAGAUCGCUCUGUUUUCGCACUUGCUAAUUGUUGUACUUCAACACUGAAAGAACUCUGGGUGUCAGGGUGUUCAAUGAUAACACCACCUGCUAUCAAUUAUCUCAAGGUAUGUAAGCUCCAUGGUAUUUCUUUUUUUUAUAAAUAUUAUUCAUUAAGGUGGCUCGAUACAGUUUUUCAGGGUCAAUACCUCCCACGUUUGAGCGUAAACUACGUCGCCAUAGACAAAGAUUUGGAAAAAUUAACGCCACAGUUGUAUUCCAUAAAGAUGAAAAUUUGUUAUGAUCACGGUUGCUAUGACAUCGGAGUUGUCAUAGCAACGAAAUGACGCCAUUACUUAUUUUACUUGCAGCAGUAUUUCUCGGCACUGGGAACUGUUCUUCCAAAAUCGUUUAUUGGAACUUUUUCCUUCAAUAGCCGCCUCGAUGUUCCUGACGUUUAAGCGAAAUCUGUAAGAGCGUUCUCGAGAUAUUUUGGGAAAAAGUUUUUUAUGGUUAGAAAUACGGUAAAAUAUUGACAAUCUUGAUGUUCGACUGUUAUCUGUACUAAACGAAGCGCUUUUGACAUGCAAUUUCACCUCAUAGUAGUUUCAAUCUUUUUAAAAACGUGUGUGAAAGAUCAUCCGCUCGAUAAAUUUUUGAAAAAUUUAAGAGUGUUGAGAUAAACCGUCCUUUUAUAUGACCUCUUAGUUUCAAGACUAUUGAUAUAUUGUAAGACAGUAAAAUAAGGGCAACAAUACGCUCAUAUUUUGUCAGAAAUUUUGUCUUUAUAAGUGACAGCCUCUUAUUAUCCAGGGUAUUGUCUCAAACUUUCAUUUUCACGUGAGCAGCAGUAACUAACAAUGCAUUUGACAUAUGCAAAACUGCUAGCUAUUGUUAUGCACGAAAAUAUGAAACUUGGAGACAAAACCCUGAAUAAUGAGAGGCUCUCACUUGUAAACACAAAAUUUCCGACAAAAUGUUAGCGAAUUCAAGCCCUUAUUUUACUGCCUUAAAAUAUAUCAAUAAUCUUGAAACUAAGAGGACAUAUAAAAGGACGGUUUAUCUCAACACUCUUAAAUUUUCUCAAAAAUUUAUCGAGCGGUUUAAAAAUUAUUUGCUAAUUUGUUAAAGUAGACCGAAAUGUUUACAUUACCGCUAACAAGAGCGUUUUGAUACAUUGUAAUCAAAUGCUCUUUUCUAGAAAUCGGCUGGAGGUAUCCUCAUGAUCUUUUACCCACGUUUUUAAAAAGAUUGAAACUACUAUGAAGUGAAAUUGCAUGUCAAAAGCGCUUCGUUUAGUACAGAUAACAGUCGAACAUCAAGAUUGUCAAUUUUUUACCGUAUUUCUAACCAUAAAAACUUCAUCCCAAAAUAUCUCGAGAACGCUCUUACAGAUUUCGCUUAAACUUCAUGAACAUCAAGGCAGCUAUCGUAGGUAAAUGCUCCAGUAAACGAUUCUAGAAGAACAGUUCCCAGUGCCGAGAAAUACUGCUGCAAGUAAAAUAGGUAAUGGCGUCAUUUCGUUGUUAUGACAACUCCAAUGUCAUUGCAACCCUGAUCAUAACCAAUUUUCUUCUUUAUCUAAUACAAUUGUGGUGUCAAUUUUUCCAAAUCUUUGUUUAUGGCGACGUAGUUUACGCUCAAACUUGGGAGGUAUUGACCUUGAAAAACUAUAUCGAGCCACCUUAAAUAUUUUUUGCCGAUUAUGAUUAGCUUUAAUCCCCGGUAAUGUUACGAUGGCUUAUUGUUAUAUAUAUAUAUAUAUAUAUAUAUAUAUUAUAUAUAUAUAUAAUGGUGACCUCGUUUCCAAGUAGCGACGCCGUAGCCUAGCUGUUUAUUUACUCUCACUGCAGAGGCCCCUGCUUGGUUUUUCCAAUAAAAAUAGCAGUGCAAAGAAACAAGUAAAGAAUAACGCGGAUAAGAGCAAACGACGUUUCGGUGUCAUCUUAACGUCAUUUUCAAGUUCAAAAUGAUUGCUGAUAAACUGACCAUACAAUUUUGGCUUAUGAUUAGCAUAUAUGAAAUAUACAAAGUCACGCAAAAAGUUUUUCUCAAAUUCAGUCCCAUUGCACAUUUAGAGAAGGUGUUAGUUCCCUAAUUAGCAACAUUUCGUGCACUUAACAAUCGAACUUGUUAUUGCACUUCUUAAGGACAGAGAACUGUUCGUCAAGAUCUUUCGGGACAGUGUUUAUCCCUAUAAUGUUUGCCAGUGGAGGAAGACAUUUUUGUGUUCAUCGGCGCGCUGAUGUGCCUCAGUGUAUAACCUACAUAACUUGCAUUACACAACUCACAUUGAAAUUGCUUAAACUACACACUGUUGGUUAACAGUAGGCGGUUUUUUCUCAUGAACGUUAAGGACUUCCUGGAUCUUGUUGCCAACGAAAACUGGUCGAACGACCAUGUGAAUCUUCUGGCUUAGUUCUCUAAGCUGUUUGCGAACUAAAUUUGCUGAAGCUUGGUCUUUAAAGGAUAGGACUAUACGAACUGGAGGGCUAUCUGCAUGGGUAGGUUUCGGUGGUUGGUCUUUGAAGCAGCAAUUUCCCUGAUGGUACUAGUGAUGAGACGUUGCGGACAUUUAAGCCGGGAGAAGAUUCGUCUCAAUCGAUCUCAUUCAUCAGAAAAAUAUACCCAGCAAGACGAUAAGCGAUACGCACGAUCAAGCAUGGUUUUCAACAGCCCACGUUUAUAGCGCAUAUCAACGUGGCUGUGGUAGUGGAGCAAAAGACCCAUGUUGGUAGGUUUGACGUAAACUUUGGUCUCGAUUUGUGGGGCUCUGUUCAAGAGUUGCAUUCCGAGAAAAGGAAGCACGUCAUUGUUUUCUGUUUCCAUAAUGAAAUCUACUUAAGGGUGGCAGUUGUUAAGGACCUUAAGAAAAGAAGCCGCUGAUGUUGUGUCCGGCAUAAUGGUUAACGUAUCAUCGACGUAUCUCUUGUUGAAUGAAGGCAUUUUGCCUUCACUCUCCAGAGUUUCUUCAAUGGGUGCCAUGAAAACAUUGGCGAGCAGUGGCCCAUGGCGACUGUGUCGACCUGCUCGUCCAUCGAACUGAAUCAGUUGGUCUUUGGUCGCUGCUUUUAGAAGAUUAACAAGGUCCACUUUGCUGAAGUUGAAAUGGUGUGUUUCAUUAAAACAAUUGUUGUUAAAGGCUUUGUCAGCUAGUAUCUGGAUGGGUUCAUCUAGGGGCACGUUGUUUAAUAAUGAGGUAACAUCGUACGACACAAGAAUAUCACCGUUUUGAAUUUAAUUCGCGAAUUUCGUUCGCAAACUCAAAGGUGUCGGGUAUUGUGUGCUGGUCGUAUGACAACGGCUUUUAUUUUUUGUCCAUCAGCUGUUAGCCGAAAAUUUGGGUAUAUGGCUCACUCGAGGGGAACAGCUGAAACAUGUCACAUCGUAAUCUUUGAGAAUUAAGCAACACAAAAAUGUAUGAUUGCAAGAAUAAAGCAGUAGCUUUCACUCUGAAAAUCGAAAUUUAAAUUUGGCCCUCAUAAUCUCCAUUUGGCCGCCAUCUUGGAUUUCGGGGAAGCUACAAAGUUGCUUAUAUUCUUUUAACGUUAACAAAUCGCGUUUUAAACUUAAAUAUAAAACAUAUUGGAACUCAAAAAAUGACUUCCGUUUAUUCUAGUGCUUAAAUGACAACUACCUGACGUCACAUGUGGAAAGACAUCGCCUUUCAGUAUUGGUCACAAUAAUACCGGCAGUUUGCACUUAAUAUUAUCACUGGAAAAAAUUGGGAGGUUUGCAUAAUUGUUUCAGAAAAGAGAGUAAGUAGACAAAAUUAAUAUAUGUAUUUGUAGUGUGUUAAACAGAGUCCUCCUCGAAGAUAACAAAACGUACAUGGUCUCAAGGCAUUAGUCGGAGCUUUUCGCUCUGGGUGCGAAAGUCGUUCUCUGCACCAUCAUGGCGGAAGAAUGCAUUAUAUUUGGUUUUUCUAAUUCAACGCUAUCCUAAUGUAGAGAUAUUUCUUGUUGGACAACCUUAUAUCGUGCUUUCGUGAUCCAGAAUCAGUUUCAGCUGAAUGUGAAUUCCCCGUACAUCCCAUCAAAUAUCGAUACAAUUGCCGAAUCGAGUUCACCACUGGAACAAUGGAAGAGACUUAGAUUUGUAACUCCGGAGUCGCUAUACUUGUCCACACAGAAGUAAGUGAUGACUGACUGCAGGCCACGAACAAGUGAAAGCAGCCAUGGAAUGACUUUGUAACGGGACGUUGCUCAUCCAGUCCCACUCAAGAUGAAUUUUACCCAGUGAAGAGAGCUAAGCUGAAGGCUGUGCGUAAGGUUCGCAACAAGGAUCGUGUGCUACCUUUCCGUAUGGAUCACGAUUUUUUUUGCUCGGAUGGUACUUCUCGGACAGUUUCAUCAUAUUGAAAUUAAAGUUGUUUACACAUUGAAUACAACUUUAAUGGUCCUUGAGCUCUUCCUUGAUCUCUAGAUGAUCAUAAGGGACUCACGCGAAAGGCAAACAAAGCCAGACUCUCUCAACAGCGUGAGGGCGCCUCUCAGCCACCUCGAAAUACUUAGCGAACUUAGCCCGCAAUUCCGAUCAAGGAGGUGGCAGUGUUGCAGAGGUUUACGUUUUUCUCUUGAGCUACUUUCGGUAAGGUUGCUGAGUGAGUUUGAGAUGGUCAGGAGCACCAACAGCAGGCGCGUAGGUAGUGUUCGCCGUGUAUCGCGAUGUGUUGAUAAAAAAUUUCCAAAGACUGUAAAUAAUGUCCAACUCUGUCAGUGUUCUGAACGUCUAAAACAGGCUUUGAAUAGUCUUACGUGAAAAAGGGCAGAGGCACGAAAACCAAAAGAUCAAAUAUGUCUAUGCAACUCGGGCAAGCUGGCAUUUUCAUCCCUUGCAUCAUAAGGGCCCUUAUCGGCGUAAACUCUCAGUGAUCACAGGCUGUGAUGACAUCUCUGCGUUCUUUGGCAAAGAGAAAUGGAAAGCAGAACCGCUUCCCCAGCACAAUGAAGGGUGCGUCCGAGCUAUGAUGAGUAUCGGGGAGGAGUGAUGAGCAUCCGAGGAGUCCUUGCAAUUAAAGAUACGGAAGCAUUCGUGCAGUGUGGCAACUAUAGUAAAAGAAGUGUCACAGUGUGGAUGUGCUGAAUAUGUGAUCCACCACGGUAGACUGGCAGGAAAGUCAAACUAGAGACUCUGCCCCCAUGCGAGUCAUCUUUACGAGAUCACAAAAGAAAUUAUCAAGCCGCAAUAUGAAGAGCCAUUUUGCCGCUCCCCUCAUUGGCAAUUUGACACUUUGAUGUAGCUCUGACGUCGCGCCGUGUGUGCGGCUUGCACCUAAGCCGGCUCCUGAAGAAAAGUACUGUCCUGUGCGUACAAGAAAGUAUAAACAAUAAUUAUUUCUACUCAAAGAAUGUGAAGUAUUGGAUGGGGUAGAACAGAAAGAUAGUUUUUACUUUUGUCAUCUUUUUUGUUGUCUUUUUUCAGGUUUGAUAGUAUUUAGAUCCCUCUUGACAAGACACGUUACAUUUUGUACGUUCUAAAACGCUUUCUGAAUGACUCCUGCCUAGAAACCUUUUUUUUCACAUUACGAUGUUCGAGACGCAAAUGCGGUACAUGUAAAUAUGUUUUCAUGUAGAAUUUUCCAAUGAUGAUGAAAGGCAAAUUAAGUUAUGCGAUCAACCCGUCAAAGUCACGUAGUGUUCGGCCAAGUACAACUGAGAAGGACUCUUCCCGCAAGACAGUAGUGUAUAACGGAUUGUUUGUGUUCCUUUCCAGAACUUAUCAUUCAUAGAUCCACAUUUCUUGAGCAACUUUUUGACAUUCUUCACAGCCUUACCAUUUGACUUGAAUUGGGGGCCACCAUCAGAGACGGCUUCUAUAGGGUUGCCGAAGCAAGAGAAUGCGUCCAUCACUUCUCUGAUAAUUAGUGAGGCCUUAGAGUUUGUCUUUAGAGCACGGACUUCAGUGGAAAAUGAAAAAUAGUCGGUGAUAAUGAGGUAUUCAUGUCCAUAAAGAUUGCAAAGGUCAAUACCCAGCUUCUCUCAAGGUCUCGUUGGGAACGGCGGCCGUAGAAGCGGUUUCUUGCAAUUUCGUGGAAGAAAAGCCAGGCAUUGGUGGCAGCGUUUAGCCAUAUCCUCAAUUUCCCGAUCAACACCAAGUCAAAAGACGGCGAGUCUUGUCGAUGCCCUGAUGUUCUUCAUGUAGCGUCAAGAGUAUCUUCUUCUGGAGAGGCGAUGGGAUGACGGUGCGGCCAUUCAUUGAGGAGAGGGAAUAACCAGGGACUGGAGUAACGUGGUAAAGUUGAUGACGGAUGGACCAGAAAGGUUUAGCAAGGGUGUCUACUUCUUGCAGUGAAUCAGGCCAUCCACGCACAGCGGAUGUACUUUGUAACUCGAGAAAGCCUGAGGGUCGGUCUGUUGGGCCUUGGAAAUGUCAUGUAGUUGCAGGUCAUCGGUUGACUUAAGUGUAGGUGCACAGCAGCUUCAGUAUGAGCUUCACAUAUUCAUCAUCGAGUGACGGCUGGUCCACAGGAAAGCGAGAAAGGGCGUAUGCGGCCAAGUGAUCUUUUACUUUAACCCAUUGUGCAGCAGCAUUUUUAUAACAAGAACGCGCUUAUAGCGGCGGUCCGUCUCACUUGCUUGGAGAUUAGAUCGAGAAAUGAGGAGGCCAUUAAUUCUACACGAAACAGGAUUUACUUGCAAAGGUUUUUUACUUCCUACUUUAUCGACGUCGAUACUGUUAUGUUUAUUUGUUUCUGAAUUGAUUUAGUGCGCGUGUUAGCGACGACCGGUAAUACGUCUGCGGUCGUAGGCUAUACGCGCGUAUAAAUACAUGAAAAUUCAAGGGCCUCGAUCCUAGAGGAAUUGCAUCAUUGCCAGAGAUCAAAAAAGUGAUUUACAUGACACGUCAUUUCAAUCAUCGCCGAAAGUAAACCGCAUGGUCAUCACAAGACUCAUUUGCAUACAGUGAAAGUUUACAACACCCGACCAUCGCAGUUUUGUUAAUUAAGAUUCUUUUUUUUUUCGGUAGUGUUCACUUGGUCCAAAGUAAUCAACGCUCUCAAGCGAAAGAAUUCGUGGACCGACACGUUUCAGAAAAGCUCUAAAUUUAAUCCUUCCUAAGCUUUCUUGGCAAAACAUGCGUGGCUUUGUUCACGCAACGAUUCUUAGUUCCAGUUGCCCCGGUCUCUGCUAGGAACCCCUAGCACAAUUACCCCUGCACAGCAUUUUCAAGGGUAAGAUCUUUCAUACACAAAGAGCUGUUCCGAAGAUCAUUGGAUCUUAUGCCAGCUACUAAUCUGGAAAGCAGAACACGUUCCUUGCAUGACAUUCGAGUUGCAGUCUUCCAACAGUCCUCGUAAUGGCAUUUAUUCAAAAGGGACUACAAAUCAGUGAAAAAUUCUCGUAAUAUUCGUGAACAAAGAUACUUGUGCUUCCACAUACCUGGGUCUGGAAAGCCUCGGUGAUAGCGAUAACAUCAUGGAGUACUAACAGGUUCAUUUGUUUCAGUGUCAUCAUUAAGAACGUUUGUAAAUAGAUUUUGUUGGGUUUCGGGAGGGAGUUCAGAAAACUAUGUAAUAUUUUUGGUAGAGUUCCGUCGUUGCUUCCAAAGUUGGAAUCCGUCGGAGAAGAGGUAUCGGUAUCCAAUCGACGGACUCGUGCAGUUUCAGAAGUAGGUUUAGGACUCUGUUUGGACGGCGUAUCCUGUCUUUUAAGCAGAUGGCGAAAAGAAAAAAAGCGAAAUUUACACGGUACUGUAUUUAUCCCGUCGACUACGCAAUGUUUGUUUCACAUCCCAUGUGGUUCCUAGCUCGUACCCGGACCCUUAGCAGGCAACACCACAGCAAAGGUUUAUGAAGGAACGCUAUUUGUUUCAAGUGAAGAACAAGUAAAAACAAAAUGUAAUUAAAAGUCUGACGUGAAGUGUGUGUUCGUGAAAACAUUAUAACCUUCUAGUUUCAUUCAUAGUAGAGCCUCGAGAAUAUUUUAAAUUUGGCCUAAAUUAUUGAACUGCACAAAUAUUUAUCUACAAAGCAUAAACGAAUCGGCGGCUGGUGAGAAGAAUAAAUCCCUACAUUCCGAGGGUUUUAUGCAGCAGAACCGGUUGUUCGGGGUCUUAUCGUCAUUUGUACUUUUCUUUUACAAAAUAAACACUGGUUCACUCGAACAGGAAAGCACUCUGUCUUGCAAUACAACAUUGACAAAACGCUGUUCGAGUACCAAUUGAUCAACUGAUUUACGGUCGUUCGAUUUUUUUCCCCAAAAUACGCUCGAGGUCGAGAGAUCAUCGUUCAUCGCUUCACAGAUAGUAGCUCACAAUUCCAAUUAUUUUUUUGAGAUUUAUUUCCACAUUUGCAACAAAAUGGCCUGAUUUCUAGUUAGGAAUACCGUAACCUUCCUCCAAAUUGAAAAUCAUACCUAGAAUGCGUGUUUAUCGCUUCCUCGAAAUUUGGUUAGUCUGAUCCGAAAAUUCACAGUCUCAAAAUCUCUUACAACAAAGAAACACAAUUCGCAAAAAUUUCUUACCAUUGACCAGCAACUGAUCAGAUCACUCUGUCCUAACCUGUGAACCAAGAUGGUGGAACCUCUAUUCAGGGGACACCGUCGGGACCAAGGCAAAUGUCCCCAAAUAGAGGUGUCCUCUGAAUAAAGGUUGGACUAGGGUUUGUUAAUAAUUAACAGACAAAGAAAAGUCGGAAUCUGCCACAGUCCUUCAAGCUAUCUCAAGUCAUUCUGCUAUUUCAAGCAGCUAGAUAUUGUAUAAAGACAAAAAUUAACUUACCUCUGCAAUAUUCUGUGUUGAUUUCCCACGAGUACAGCACAUAGAUUUUAGUGAGAUAGUUCAUGUUGUGAAAGCUAUCAUUGACUAGUCUACACUUAAACUUAUCAACCCUUUUUGUAGACAGUCACGUUAAAUAAGCCAAAGUGUCCCCUGAAUGGGGCUGAAGCCCGGGAAAGGUCUCCCUUUUCCUUGAGUAGUGGUGUCUCUUUAAUAGAGGUAACAGAUACAAGGAUCAUGUAAACAUUUUUCCGCGACCCAAUUUUCGUCCCGUGAAUUGAGGUGUGCCUGCAGUAGAGGUGUCCUAAGGGAGAGAUUCCACGGUAGGUUAUUUUUAAGACAAUCUAAAAGUUGUCUACAAUGAACCAGCCGCCAGAAGGGGAUUAUUUGAUAAUUAUGUUGUUUGUCCAUUCCCUUCAGGACUGCUCCUUGAAACGAAUAUACGUUGACCACCGCACACCAAAUGUUGACCCAGACCAAGUUAUGGCAAAGAAUCUGGAUACAGGAGAGUUUUGUAGAGCUGAUCUUUUGGUGUCAGGUCCUGUUGUACAGGAUCCAGACUGGUUGGAAUGACAUUUCUAGCCUUCGUUGUACAUUUUCACGACCUCAUCACGUAUUCUGUCACUCUAAGGUCCUAGCUUUAGAUGGAAGGAGGCUCACCCUUGUGGAAGGAUGACCCUGCCGGUAUGAUCGAUCUCAGUUUCGUUUACAUAAGUGGUACCCUGGGUACCCUGUAGUAAGGGUUACCCCGUAUCCUUGUCAGGUUACUAGUAGGGUCGACAUUUUGGCAGGAAAGUCAACUUUACUGAGACCAACUCACCGUUGAAUUGGCACUAAAAUAUAAACAUACUAAACGCUCUUACCAUUAUUAUACGAAAGUAAGAACCUACAGCCUGUACUAAAAAGUCUCAGCAAAAGGGGUAAACGCCAGCAAAUUUGCGUGUAGGACCGAAAAAGCAAGUACGUAGACAUGAUAAGGUAACCCUCGUGUUAUUGUUUCCAUGUUAAGGGGAGGGGUUUAUCCUUUGACCCCUCUUGAAGUGUAACCCUUGCAAGAGGUUACCGCACUUCUUUUUAUGUAAACUGGGCCUAAACUUGGGAUAGCUUUAGGUACCGUGCAAAUGAGCCAAAAACAUAAUUGUUGCGUUGCGAAUUGACUGUCAGGGUUUUUAAACCUAAAUAAAGCCUUUAGGAUCGUUUAGACUAUGAGGAGUCAAUACUUAAAAAGCGUAGUUAUGAGAGGAGAAUGGUUAUGAAAGGCGUGUUUCCUAACCAACUUCCUUAUAACAAAAUCUCGUCUAAGUAACACAGAAAUCCUAUGCGAGGAACAUGUAAAAUUGGAAACUUUUCUUGGCUAUUUUCAACUCGUAUGAAUGGUUUAGUGUUCGUGGAGAAGGAAAGCGUGACGAGGCCCUAAGAACGCCUGCGUGGGAGUUGUUUAAAUGGAGGUAGGAAGAUCCUAGGAAAGAUUCUAGAAGGCAGAACAACCUUUCGUUAAGCUUAUGUUACCGGUCGGGGCAGGUGGGCGCUACUUUCCCAUCACGAACGAUCGCAAGACGACGAGACAGGACUAAUAUGGCGGAUCGUGCUCUUUUACUUACCCACAAUUCCUAGAAUGACAAUUGUGUCUAUGGGAAGGGGGGAGGAGUGGUCCUAUUUCCUUCUUGUCACACAAUCCCCCCUGAAAAAUAUGUCGUCCUCGACAUUAUAGAACAGAUGAGAAAAAAAUAUAUAUAUAUAGAUAUAUAUAUAUAUAUAUAUAUAUAUAUAUAUAUAUAUAUAUAUAUAUAUAUAUAUAUAUAUAUAUAUAUAUAAAUAUCUCUGAGAUUACAGUAACACUAGACAAGUACUCUUAAUCCUGCUCAGCUCCGUUGAAUAGGGUUGAUCAGGCCCUAAUCGCAUACUGAGUACACGUUAAUGAUGACUAGUGUUGGUUACUCCUAAAGCAUAGCUACUUUAAAAGACAAACUACUCCGGUUUGUCGCAAGUUUAAGUAAGAAGUCUUACUCCAUCUACCUGAGAACAAAUAAAGUCCUUUUAAACACCAAUUGGAAACAGUGUUGAGAGUUUCUAACAGAACCGUAUUUAGUGUUUCUAAUAGAUCCAGUAAGGAUACACUCCGACAGGUCCACAUAGCAGUGGAUAGGUCACUGGUAACACAUAGUCCAUCCAAGCAUUAGGUAAUCCUCCUACAGGUCCUGGAACACAAGGAACAGUCAGAGGUGCCACACCCGCAUGGCGGAUUGCCGAGCUGGCUGAUAAUAACUUGGUGUCGCUAAUGUGUCAUAGGUAAACAGUGCAGGUGGUCUGCGAUCUCUUGUAGGUCUCUCAGCAGCCGGUCUUUAACCUACUGGCUCUGUGAUCGUUGGUUCAUCUUCUGCUUUUGUGGGUGCUGUUGUUUCUCGCUCAUCCAACUGCUGGAGCAGUUCAUCAUUUUUCACUGGUUCCUCAACCACAGCUCCCCCGAUGUGGGGACUGCGGUAAAGGUCAGCAUAUUCUCAGCCUCUUCAUCUGAACUUGUUUCUGAGGCUGGGCUUGGGGGUGGACAAAACAGAUGGUCUGGUACUCUUGCGCUUCUACUUCGGUGUCCUAGCCAGAUCAUCUGUGUUUUCUUCAAAAGGAAAGUCAUUGCACGGAAGCAGUACUCUGUCGCUCGGCCGUAGAACAGACCUGUGAUCCUUGCGGUCAUAUUGUCUCUUUCCUUUCAUCCCAGAUAAUCUAGACCUGUGCUACUAAUUCGUAGGCCUCUUUCAUGGCUGUUUUUUCAUUCUCUGACAUAAGCUGGAUAGUGUGUGCAAGAAGCGGGCUUGAUUCCAAACAUAAGAUCAAUCGGAAGUCUUUUGGACCGACGGAAAAACAGGUAAUAAGGAGAGAAUCCGGUGGCCUCAUGACGGGUACACUUAUAGGCAUGUAUAACCUUAUUCAGGCUGUCUUUCCACCCACAUUUCUGGUGUUCUGGCAAGGUGCGCAACAUGGAUAGGAGUGUCUGGUUCAGCCGCUUUGUUUUCCCAUUCCCUAAGGGAUGGUAGGGUGUUAUUCUGGAUCGCACCAUACCACAGCAUUCUUCUAAAUGAUGGAAAGCUGAUUCUCAAAUUCACCCCCUUGGUCGUGCAAACUUCUGGCACGGAACCCAAACCUCAGUAUAAAGUCAUUGCACGACUUGUUAGCUGCUGUCUCUCGGACUUGUUGGAGGUUGCAUAGGCCUGGGUGAAUCUUGUGAAAUAGUCGACAAUUACAAGGAUAUAUUCAUAACCCCCUUUGCUCUGCUCCAGGUGUGCAAAGUCUAAUGACACCAGUUCAAAGGGUGCGCUACCCUGUAUAAUCUCCAUUGGCGCUUUCGGCAGUAUAUGUGGUCUCUUUUGCUUAAUGCAUCUGCAAACGUGAGUCACAAAAUGUUCGAUGUCUCUUUUCAAGACCCUUUCAGUUCUUAAAUGUCUCAUUUCUUCCAGCAAUUCUCUGGAGACCAUUCGGUGAAACGUCCGCGGUAAGACCAGCUGCAGAUCUGGGCCCCUUUUACGUCGGAGAAUUCCGUCUUCGCCUACAAUGAGCUUCUUCCAUUCACGCAAGAGGGGCUGUCCUUCAGGUGAUGCCCUGCGCCUUUUUUGCAGUGUUAGUGGCCUGCCUCUCCCCUUAUACUGAAUGACCUCACUGAUUCCCUUGUCUCUCCUUUGAGCUUCGUACAGUUCCUUAGGAGUGAGAGGUUGCACCUUUGAUUCACCCUGCAAGUUCAUAAUGUGUCCUAUAUCACUUAGCUGACUAGAAAGUGACAAUAACCAAAUUGCAUCUCCUUUUUGCUGAGCAUCCAACGCUUCCACCGUAGCUUUGAUCCAAUCCAGUUCUACCUCCUCAGUGCAGAUGUCCAUAUACUCAUCCAUAUGUAUCCUAGACAGUCCAUCAGCAUCCUGGUUGGCUGUACCGUGUCGGUAUCUCAUAGUGAAAUUGAAGUCAGCCAGCUCUGCUACCCACCGAUGACCUUUUGCGUUCCGUUUCACUGUAGUCAUCCUCGUACACCCAGGGGCAGUCAGUCGAGCCGCGAGAAAAGGCGCGACGAAAGUUUUCAAGCACAGGCGGAAGAGCCCCUGGGUACCGACUCCCAAAGGACCAUUUCCAAACGGUCAAGUAAAUGCUGGCUCCUGAUUGGGCACAAAAAAUGCUUUGUAUUAUUGUGCCCAAUCGGCGAACAGUUUCUCGUGAGUUCUUUUCGUGAGUUCGUACACGAUGGGUAUUAUUUGCCUAGUCCCUAGGCCUCAUUUUUCCUCGCGGCCAAAGCGUUUCGGGUCACGUGGUCCAUGCAAAAAUGUGAGGCCUAGACAAAAAUCCUCAAAGGUGAGACGAAAGUGAGACAGCUCAAUGGCGAUGGUAAACAAGACCAGUGUUUUGAAUUUCAAAGUUAAAAAUACAUCGCUAAAACACACAGAUGGGAAAGAAAUCUUCAAAAGAAUCCUUAGUUUUCUUCAAGUUGACAAAGGAAGGCUUUGUCCUUCGUGGAAUUUAAAAUACACGGAAUUUUUAUCACGGCCGAUCGGAGCGCUUUGCUUGUUUUGAAACGCCACCAAGUAGCGAAGUUUUUGAAGAAUUUUCAGGUACAUUUUGUACUCUAUAGUCAAGAAAAUUACGCAUUUGUGAAUAUUUUAUCUUUAACGUUUUAUACAUUUUGAGACCGGCUUGAGCGCCCUGAUUUGAGAUUUGUGUUGAAUAAUUUUUGCCAAGUGCUCAGUCGAUUUUACUUGCGUGAACGGAUCCACGAGCCAAAUUUGUGUCACGCGAAUUGCUUUUAAGGAUUAAUAUAUGGGCCUUUGAAUAAAAUUUUCGAGAAAUAGUUUCUCUGUCUAUUGUUGUGUGUUCUUUCAUUGAUUAACAUUUGCUCAAAACACGAUCCUGAGACAACGCAUGCAAGUUGAAUUUAAUGUUUCUCACCUUUAUAAUACACGCAUCUCUUCUGUGAAUGUCGGCGAAUUUUAUAGGAUUUUUACUUUUGGAUUCAGUUUCUGGACACUUUUUGAUACGCAGCUAAUGAAUUUUAUUCGAAAAUAUGGUUUUUCUAAUUAUUCAAGAUUUGAAGUCUAAGGCCCAGUUCAGACGUCGUGCUUCUGCCGUGCCGAACUAAAUUCAGGAAUUAAGUUCGACAAAAACACGGCAGAAGCACGGCGUCUGAAUCAAACUUUUGAAUUAAGUUCGGCAAGCAAUUAAGUUCGACAAGCGCUGCCGUGCUACACGACUCUGGCACGGCAGCGAUUCAAACGUCGUGCUUCUGCCGCGCUAAACAAAAUUCAUAAAUUAUAUUGAUGUAUUUUGGCGAGAUUGCGUUCCCACGGGGAGUUGGGAGAAGAAUUGUUACGAGUAGUAUUACACAUGAGGGUACAGGCGCAUAGUAUAUGGUUUGGGGUUUUUGCUGACGACCGCAUUUCGGGCGCCCGAUUUAAAAUAAUUAAGAGGCUUAAAGAAAUAAUUAUUAAAAUUGAAUGUUAUGUUGCGUUCGGAAAAAAAAAUUUUGUCUACAGUAAUAGUAUGAAGACUAGUCGUAAUGAGCUUUUAAGAAGAUUGUUAUCUGGGUUAACUGAUAGUGAGCUUGAAACUUUAGUUCAAAUUCGAGAACAAAAAAGGCGCCCUAUUCCUACUCCCCGAAAAAGAAUUCCGACUCCAGCUCCAAGAAAGAUGGGUGUUAAGCAAUUAAUUCGUUAUUUUGAGAAUAAUCCUAUUCCAUUAUAUCAACCAAUUGCGCCUCCUAGAAUAAAAAAACAACCAGUGCCUUUACCAAGGACUAAAAUUGCUGAAACACAUAAGGCUCUGAAGGGUUUUACGAAAUCCUAUGAGAUUGGCAUAAAGGACAAUAAAGAUAAUUUAGUACAGCAACAAAAUACAAGACUCGCCAUGAGUAGAUUAUUUGAUAAAAUAUUAAAUGAUACAAAGGGUUUUAAAUUUGUGGAGACAUUAAAAGUUACAUUUAUAAAGAUGAAGGAUGGUGAGUUGAUAGAUAAAUCAGGUUAUUUUAAUAGUAAAGUGCAGAUUGUGAUGAAUUCAAAUGAUAUUUCAUCCAGCUUAGAAUUAGCACAACAACAAAUAAUGAACCAAAUUAGUGUUUGGUUAUCGGAGGGUAGUGGAUAGACUAUUAGUAGCACUGAUGAGCAUUAUUUAAAUACAGUUGUGUAUGAGCCGUUGAAAGGUAAUUCUUAUAUUCCUCUACCGGUUGAAUUGCGGAACUCUGCAAAGGGGUUAAUUAAUAUUCAAAAUAAGGAUAAUGAAUGUUUUCGUUGGUGUCAUAUCCGAUAUCUAAACCCACAAAAUAAAGAUCCCCAACGAGUUAAGAUAAUUGACAAAGAGAUGGUUUCACAAUUAAAUUACCAAGGAGUUGAGUUUCCAGUUAAUGUGAAACAUUACAGCAAAAUAGAAGAGCAAAAUAGUAUCAAUAUUAAUGUGUUUGGUUAUGAGGAAGAGCAAUUUUAUCCAAUUUAUAUUUCAAAAAAGAUGAAUGAUAAAGUAUUAAACCUACUACUUAUUACAAAGGGUGAGAAGCGACAUUAUGUCUUAAUUAAGGAUUUUAAUAAGAUGAUGUAUAAUAAGACGAAACAUAAGGAGCGCAAGCAUUUUUGUAUGUUUUGUUUACAGUGUUUUAGCGCAGAUAAGAUAUUAGAGAAACAUAAGAGUAAUUGUAUGGUAAUAAAUGGGCAACAAGCGAUUGAAAUGCCAGAACCAGGGAGUAAAAUUGAAUUUACUAAUCGUCAUAAACAGAUGCUAGCCCCAUUUGUGAUAUAUGCGGAUUUUGAAGCGAUAACAGAGAAAAUAUCUGGAUGUGAACCGAAUAAUGUUAAAUCUUAUACGAAUCAAUAUCAAAAACAUACGAGUUGUAGUUAUGGUUAUAAAUUAGUAUGUUGUUAUGGUGAUAAAUAUUCCAAACCAGUUAAGAUCUAUCUAGGGGAGAGAAUACGAUUAGUUAUUUCAUGUUGGAUAUGCUUUCAGAAGUAGAAUACUGUAAAAAAAUGAUUGAUAUGGAGUUUCAAAAACCACUUGAAAUGACAGCAGAGGAUGAAGACUUUUUUCAAGGAUCCGAUAAAUGCUAUAUUUGUGGUCACAGAUAUUUAGAUAAUGAGAUAAAAGUUCGAGAUCAUUGUCACAUUACUGGAAAGUAUCGAGGAUCAGCACAUCAAGAAUGUAAUUUAAAAUUAAAGCUAGAUGCAAGUAAAUUGAAGGUACCUGUAAAAUUUCAUAAUUUACGUGGAUAUGAUUCUCAUUUUAUAAUGCAACAAAUUGGAUCAAUUGGAAAAAGUAAUAAUUAAAGUAUUAAUUGUAUCCCAAAUAAUAUGGAAAAGUAUAUGGCUUUUAUGCUUGGUAAACAUUUAGUAUUUUUGGAUAGUUUAGCAAGUUAUGGCUAGUAGCCUUGAAAAAUUAGUUGAAAAUUUGCCAGGUGAUGUAUUUAAAUAUACAAGUCAAGUAUUUCCAAAUGAUAAAUUAGAAUUGAUGAAAAAGAAAGGUGUUUAUCCAUAUGAUUAUAUGGAUUGUUGGCAGAAGUUUAGUGAUACAAAGCUGCCAGAAAAAGAUGAUAAAAAAAAAAAAAAAAAUAUAUAUAUAUAUAUAUAUAUAUAUAUAUAUAUAUAUAUAUAUAUAUAUAUAUAUAUAUAUAUAUAUAUAUAUAUAUAUAUAAAUAUCUCUGAGAUUACAGUAACACUAGACAAGUACUCUUAAUCCUGCUCAGCUC